ANNCAUGCUUUGGCUACUCUUGAGGUUGGCAACUUGUCUUGCAUUCCUGUACACAAGGGAGCAGACUACCCUAUUCUUAACACUCCUGAGCUCUUCCAGACCGUAAGUGAAUCAAGGCGAUCAAUCCACAAGGACCACAUUGACGAUUCUGUUUGCAGUNGGGAGAUGGUUCAUGGUAAACUGCCUUGGGAAGGAGCAUUUGCGCCAGAGAACUUGACCUACGAAGCACUUGGAAACGACCCAACCUCGGGCAACCCAGACCGCGUGUCCAAAGCAGCCUUCUACGAGGGCUACCCCAACACCACAUUCGCCUCCAAGGACGCAGCAUGGUUCAUGAUUGAGCAGGUCCGCAAGUACCCUGGUCAGGUCUCAAUCUACUCGGCUGGUUCUCUGACGAACGUCGCUCUUGCUGUCCGCAUGGAUCCCGACUUUGCGAAGAACGCAAAGGAGCUCAUCAUUAUGUUACCGGCAGCACUAUGCAAGCUGAUUGGAACUCCGACCCNNAUUGCCGGCAAUGUCGCCAACCAGGUCAUUGUCACUCAGGAAUACCUUGACGACAUUUACAAGGUCAAGAACCCUUACUCUACUUUGAUGCACGAGUACUACGGUACUAUCUUCCCUCUCUUCUACCUUGAUGUCGACACUGCCCCUUCCAGCCCUAGUUAUGGUAACAUCCACGCUUACCAGGAGGCUCUCAAGCCCGUUGCCCAGAACCUCCAGAAGGUCAACAUGGUUGUAUCGGUUGAUGGCAACAAGCUCAAGAAGUGGGUCAAGAAAGCCGUUCAGUACCCCAAGUCCUGCGCCAACCUGUAA